GCCGACUUGCAAGGUGGAAGUGACUUUUAGAAGUUUGUGAAUAAAAGUUAAUAUUAUCGUAAUCUAGAGGUAAAAAGUUACAAAGACUGGACAAUAUUUAACUCAACAGUCAGAAGGAGUUUAUAAGAGCACAAAGUAAAGAUGUCAGCCAUGACAGCGGCACGUAUAGGGGGUACAGAGGCAGUUGCCCAAAAUACCAUGUUAUCUGAUUCUGUAUGGAGAACAAGACCACACUUCUCAACUUAUCUCACAACUGAUGUUAAUGCUGGAGCAAACACUGUUGAACAAAUUGAACAUAAUAGACGUCAACGACAUAUGAAAUUCCCCAAAUUAAGUGGACGUGGAGAUGUGGACUCUUUUCAAAAACCUGGAAACACUGCUUUUAUCAAAUUCAAUGAUAUUGGUGAUCACAGAUCUACCGCUCCUUUGAGGAGUUUUGACAAUAUAGUAGACCCAGUGUCUGGGUUUGUAGCAGUCGCUGCUGAACUUGACAGAAACACAGGUCGUUUAAAAAUGGCUCCAAUGGGCCAGAUUCCAGAUACACCUCAAACAUCUACUCCACAGACUACAAACUCUAUACGUAAAAACAUGACGGCUGCUCCUCGUGAGACUCAAAGGUUAACUGUAAGUGAACCUGGACCCCCAUCAACCUGGAACAGUAGGAGUGUAUCUGACGCUUCAAUUAGGGCUUCCCUAGGAGGCUGGACCAGUGAUGUUGAUCCAAGGAAAGCUGAGAAGGAGAAGAACUCUAAACCCAAGACAGCAGAUACACAAUGGAGGGAUAACUUAGCAUUGAAAUAUUCGUAUACACCUUCAACACAGAGGGCAUAUGAGGAAGUACCAUGGGAUAACGUCCUCCCACCAAAACAAUGGCCAGCUACCUCCACACUUGAAGAGCGACCAGAUAUGAUUUCUCAGAGGUUUGCAACAAAACGCUAUGACUCAGAAGCUAACAAAUGGCAAGGCAUCGGUCGAUCAUGGGAUUGGUUUCAAACGAGAAAAGGACAUUACAAACAUGGCCCUAAUCAAAUUGUAUUUUGCAGUCCUUGUCCAAGGCAAAAGCAGAUUCCACUUUAUGGUGGUUGUGUAGGAGGAGAGAACCUAGAUGAGAUAGACAAUGCAGCUGAACGCUUCCAACCAUUAACAGUAAAGCGUGUAGACCUACCACGCUUCACAGAUACAGCACAUCGUCCCAAUAUUCCCAAGUAUACAGGCUGCACGCUAUAUCAACGUCAAUACAGCCCUGCCCAUUCCAAGACUGCCACACCUGAACCACAAACCACUGCAAGAGUGCAUAGAUCAUUACCAGAUGCAACAAAUGUUACACAAGAGUUCAAACGUGACUCCCAGAUGUCCAAAAUGGUUACAACUGUACCACCAAACAACCCAUUCAACAAGAAACCAACACAUACUGUUACUGUCAUGGGGCCUGUGUGAGACAUUAAGAAACCAAAACCAGAGCAACAAAAUAUUAAAGUAUUAAAAGCUAUACUGGGACAGGUUUCCCUUGCAUAAGCUUUUCCUUGUAAUGGAAAAAUGACUGCCUUGUGGACUGUGGACAUCACAAAACCAAAAUGUCAGUACACCACACUGAUGAAUGAUGAUAGCUUCAUAGCCUGCAAUAAUAUGCUCUGAGGUGGCAUAUAACUUUAUAUAAUACCCAUUUAUCCACAUUAUAACCUGUUUCAGUCUAUGCUCAGUGCAUAGUACAUCUAUGUCUAUCAGUACAUGUAUAUGUUGAUGUACAAGAUGUGCAGUAAUAAGAAGAGUGUAUGAUAAAAUGUGAUACUUAAAUAGAAGUUAGGGUCAAUUGUAUGUAAAGUAAGAUUUGCAAUAUGAAUCAUAAGUGUCUUCUGUGAUAAUUCUAAUACAUAAUUAAAAGAAUGAACAUUUUAGCUGGUCUAAAAUGUUAAAAUCAAAUCAGUUGGGCAAGUGUUUUCUUCUUAAAUGAGGGAAAGUAUUAUACAAUUUUACAAGAGCCUAGCUGUAAAACAGAGCAGAGUGUGGCAAGUAAAAAACAUUAAAGCAUAUGUUCUUUAACAUCAACAGGUUCUAUGUAUUCUAUGUAUUUAAAAUACAUAUUUCACAGUAAAAAAAUUUCUAUGCACGGAAAUUAUGCAAAACUACAAUUAACAAUAUCUGCUGAAUUUUUUUAAUUUUUUUAAAAAAAAAAUUGCUGAAAUUAUUUAUUCAUGUUGUAAAUUAAUUGUACUACAGCUUUGGAAGGAUGAAGUUAAUUACAAUUAUGGGAAGGAUAAAUUAUGAUUUUAUCAGUGAAAAAUUCAAAUUCAAGUAGACGACAAAUCAACAUUUUUAAUUUCUUUAAACAAGGGAAGAGAGAGUGUUCAUAAUUGAAUUAACUUCAUUUUUCCAUAACUCCUUAUUUGGACAUUGUCCCUUACUGUUGUCAGUUUAUAAAUGUUUACUCACACACAGUAUUAUUAUUACAUGUAUUCGUUCUUAUUUGCUGAUGUGCAUUGUAGGCAUAAUAAAUGCUGUGAUAUUUCAUUUUUGAAUACAUGUACAUAGAUGUUAACCAGCGGCUAAUUCCAGUGUACGCUUAUACACAAUAAUAUGGCCAUUUGUCAAAUAUUAUUUAUAGAGGUAAGAAGGAUAUUUCAGAAUCUAGCUAUGUUCUAAUGAAGAUAUCUUAACACUGAUAUAGCAUUUAAAAUGAUACAGUGUCUAUGCAUGAAUACCAAAACAAAAUUUUGUAAAUAAAUAAAAAUAUCAAAUCAAAAUAAA